GCCUUGCCUAGGAUGGUAAGUAUGUAAUUAUUUAAUUUUAUACUAUUGUUUUUGUUGUUUUCAUUGAAGAGGGAAGCUUUGGCAUUUCUGAGAUGACCACUGUCCGUCCACGACUGAAUAGUUUCUAGAGACAAGAGGCUGCCGGAGCUAAAUAGGAAUUCUGAUCAUGGAGAACAACACUCGAGCCACUUCCUCUAGAACUGACAGGAAACUGGUGGAGAGAAAUAGAAGAAAUCAAAUGAAAGCCCUCUACUCCAAGCUCAAUUCCCUCGUUCCCCACCAAAACUCUAGGGAACCAAUGUCGCUUCCAGAUCAGCUAGAUGAAGCUACAAAUUACAUCAAGAAGUUGCAGACAAACUUGGAGAGAAUGAAGGAGAGGAAAGAUAGUUUGAUGGGAAUGGUGAGACGGAGAAAUGCUAGCAGAAGCAGUGGGAUAAAAUGUCCUGAAAUUAAGAUUCAAGAAAUGGAUUCUGCUUUGGAGGUUGUUUUGAUAACUGGGCUGGAUGGACAGUUUAUUUUCAAUGAGACUAUUCGUAUUCUCCAUGAAGAAGGAGCUGACAUUGUGAAUGCAAGCUUCUCUGUGGUGAAUGAUAUAAUCUUUCACACAAUACAUUGCAAAGUUGGGGAUUCUGCACCAGGUUUUGGAGCUGCCAGGAUAUCUGAGAGGCUUAACAAGUUUCUCUAUGAUGCUUAAUUUGAUUAAGUAAAAUGCUUCAUGAAUCUGUAUAUCACCCAGACGGUUUGAAUUGAUGUUGUAAGUUUUUCUCUUUUGUUGUUUGGUACAUUAAGUGUUUAAUUAGCCAUUAAAUAAUACAGAGGGUUUCCUCAUAAGCUUUUGAAUUAGACAUAAUAAAUCAAAAUUUUAUGG